AUGUUCAGACGACUCUAUGCCGAGAAUGAGCUCUCUGUGCUCAGCACACCCCCACCACCAUUCCAUUGGCUCGCCAUCAAGGUUUCAGGGCAGGCCUCUAACCUGAGGAUAGUUCUGCUGGGGAAGACUGGAGCAGGGAAGAGUGCAACAGGAAAUACCAUACUGGGGACAGAGGUGUUUAAAGCGGAGGAUACUCCAGUGUCUGUGACUGCACAGAGUGAGAAACAGAGUGGGGAGGUGGAUGGGAGGAAGAUUGAUAUCAUCGACACCCCGGGGCUCUAUGACACAACAAUGUCUGAAGAAGAGAUGAAAAGUGAAAUAGAAAAGGCCAUCUACAUGUCAGUUCCAGGACCCCACGCCUUCCUGCUGGUGAUCAGACUGGGGAGGUUCACAGAGGAGAGGAACACUGUGAAGUGGAUCCAGGAGAAUUUUGGAGAAGAAGCAUCAAAGUACACAAUCGUUCUGUUCACCGGUGGAGACCAGCUGGAGGACAUAUCAUUGGUGGACUUUCUAAUGGGUAGUGAGGAGCUUAUGAAACUCGUCAAGGUCUUUAAGGGCAGAAAUCAUGUCUUCAAUAAUAAAAAGAAGAAUGACCACACUCAGGUCACAGAGCUGCUGAAGAAGAUAGAUGAGAUGGUGAUGAAGAAUGGAGGACAACACUACACCAAUGAGAUGUACCAGGAGGCCCAGAGGAAGAUCAAACAAGAGGAGGAGAGGAAGAAACAGCAGGAGGAGGAGAGAGAGGAGGAGAUGAGGAAGAUGGAAGAGGAGAGGAAGAGAGAGGAGGAAGAGAAGAGAGAACAGGAGGAUGAGAGAAAUCCGUUUUUAAUACACGGACAUUUAUUGGGACUUUUUGCUGUUAUCACAGCGGCGGUAGUAGGACCAACAGCAAUUCCAUUUGUAGCUGCAGUAUUUGCAAACUACGCAGUUUAACAUUUAGAAGAUUCUGAUUAAAUAAAGAUGAAGAGAUGCCAGUGUGAAAUACCACUCUCUUCCUCAUCUUAAUGUCAAGUAGUAGCAGUAGGUUAAUACUGUACAAUGACAACCAUCAGGGAUUGUUCAACACUUUCUAAUAUGAUAGUUACCGAACAUCAUUUAAAGGCUCAGGGAUUAUAACACAGGAUGCCAUUUAUAUACUAAACUAAAAUAUAAACGAAACAUGUAAAGCAUUUCUCCUUUGUAAAGAUAAUCCAUAACCCUGAUGUGGCACUUGUCCACUGGGAAAAAUGAAAGUCUAAAACGUGCAGUUUUGUCACACAUCACAAAGAUGCCAAAGAUGUCUCAAGUUUUGAAGGUCCACCAGAGCUGUUGCCAG